AUGGUUAGAGUCUCACAGAGUACGGAUGCUGAGAUUGAGUCAAAGAUCGUCCGCACAUUUCCUGGUCCCACAAGAGAUACUCCUAGCACAUUGCCUCUAAAUGAUCUCGGGCGAAAUCAGGAUGGAUUCGAGUGGAGCGGGAGAGACCGAUUGACGGCGAAGCUGGGUGGGUUGGCAAUGGCCGUCUGUACAGAGAGCCUUUCCGUGCGAAAAAGCUCUGGAGUUGCCCCAGAGGACAACUUGGCUUUAAAGCUCAAAGCGUCAGAUGCGUUUCAAAAGCAGGAGUAUGCCGAUGCUCAAGGAGGGUACGGGUUUCCGGGAGAGGAACACGGCUUCCGACAUACCUGCAGGAGAUUUCCGGAAAAUGGAGGUGAGGAUGGAAUGGCUCUUCUGCUCAGCGACGGAGAACCAGCAAUGACGGCUAGAUACAACAGCCUCCGAGAGGUGUCGGUUUCUAGAAGCACCUCUGACCUGAAUGAAAGGAAAAUCGUCCAAGAAACAAACCGCGGCAGAACCGAGUGA